AAGACCUUCAGACUGCAUUUUGUAUCUACAGCUACAACAUACCCCUUCAUUGCAACCUCCUUAUGCGCAGGGUUCUCUUUAUAUGCUGAACUGAGAACACCAUUUCGCGACCCAAGGAGAGCCAACCCAACUACAGGACCCUUCAGCAGGCCACGAAUAGAACGUAACCUCCACUGAAUGACAAACAAAAAGGACAUAUAAGAAGAGACUAGGAACCAUGUCGAGGGCUACUACUGCUGAGCGCAGACAUGCGCCGCUCGCAGACGAUAUCCUUUCAAGCGGCCAUUUGCGCACAAAGUCAGCAAAGCGAAAGUCGCGCCCGGACGAAGAUGAAGGGGACCAGUAUCUUGACUCAAAGACCUCGAGGAAGAUCCUGCAAAUAGGUCAGGAUCUUGCAGACGAGGAUGCGGAGGAAUCCCGUAUCACAUUGGCUGCUGCGGGAGUAAAGAGAAACACGGCCUUUGAUUUUGAAUCUCGGUUUGGCGCUGAGGGUGAUGACGGGGAGGGAAACGAGGAUGCGGAGAAAUAUAGCGAGGACGAGUGGGGGGAUGUUGAGGAGGAGAUUGAGGAAGUGGAGGUUGACCCCAAUGACCUCGAUACGUUCCACAAAUUCGUACCCCGCGGUGAAGAAGAUCCCAUAUUCAACCCUCGCAGUCCAGAUGACGAAGAGCAAGGACAAAGCACCAACCUAGCAGAUUUGAUCCUUGAAAAAAUCGCAGCAUAUGAAGCCGAAAAAAGCGGUAGCCAGCCUCAAAUUAUUGGAGGCGGCACAAUGGAAGACGCUGUUGAACUCCCUGCUAAAGCCGUAGAGGUCUAUCAAAGAGUCGGCUUCCUCCUCUCCCGCUACAAAUCCGGACCCCUCCCCAAACCCUUCAAAAUCCUCCCCACCCUCCCCCAAUGGCAAACCCUCCUCGAAAUCACGCAGCCAGAAAAGUGGACGCCAAACACCAUCUACGCCGCCACCCGCAUCUUCAUCUCCGCCAAACCGCACAUCGCCCAGGAAUUCAUCAACACCGUCCUCCUCGACCGCGUCCGCGACGAUAUCCACGAAACCAAAAAACUGCACGUGCACAUCUACAACGCGCUGAAAAAGGCCCUCUACAAACCCGCCUGCUUCUUCAAGGGCUUCCUCUUCCCCCUCAUGCAGUCGGGCACCUGCACCCUGCGCGAAGCACACAUCGUCUCCAGCGUGAUCACCCGCGUCUCGAUCCCCGUGCUCCACUCCGCCGCCGCCCUGCUGCGCCUGUGCGACAUGGCGGCCGAGAAGACGGCGUCCGCCCUCUCGUCCGAGGGCACGGGCGCGCUGAACAUGUUCAUCCGCGUGUUCCUGGAGAAGAAAUACGCGCUGCCCUACAAAGUCAUCGAUGCGCUUGUGUUUCACUUCCUGCGGUUCCGGGCCACGGAGCAGGUGCCCCCGCCGCCGCAGCACGAGCAGGGGCUGGAGGGCGAUACAGACAUGACCGACGCCGCGCGCGCGGCCGCAGCGAAGAAUUAUAAGUUACCCGUCCUGUGGCACCAGUCGCUGCUUGUGUUUGCGCAGCGGUAUCGGAAUGACAUUACCGAGGAUCAGCGGGAGGCGCUGUUGGACCUGUUACUUGUGCGGGGGCAUAAGGAUAUUGGGCCGGAGGUGAGGAGGGAGUUGUUGGCAGGGAGAGGGAGGGGGGUUGUUUUGCCUGAGAAUGCGGAGGGAGCUGGAGUUGGUGAUGGCGGUGAUGAUACGAUGGACAUGGGGAUUUGAGAUGGGGAUGGAUAGAGCGGCAUAUAAUUUCAUGUCCAUUUUCAUGUUCAUUUUUCACAUCCAUUUUUCCCUUGGGGAUUUUUGGAUUAUUUCCAGCGACGAAAGGUUUAAUGUCCAUGAUGAAUUAAAAGCUUUGCCUAGGAUUUUCGGCAUGCAUACAUAUACAUAUAUACAUACAUUCCCAUAUCGUCUCAUGAUCGGAUUCUACAGAUGAGGUACGAAUGAAUCUUGCUCCACAAUCCGCACAUAUUUCACCCCAUCUCCAUUUGAAACAGUUAUUUGCUCUAAGCUCCUAGAAUGAUUACUUCCAAUCGUUCUAUGUCAUGUAAUUUUAAUCAAAUAAAGGCAUUCGUUCUAUAUUAAAUUCGAUGACGUCCAUAGAAUGGAAAUAAAGACGAAAAAAAAAAAAGAAAAGAAAAGAAAAGAAAAAGAGGGAAAGCAAAAGAAAGCUGCACAAACCAUGGAACGCAAAAUAAAAAUC